UCACCCGAACCCAAACAGCCACUGUGGAGUUCAACACCCAGCACACCCGUACGUACCUAGGACGUACACGCAUGUUGUCCCCACGGAAGUGACAUCAUAGAGGACGAGUCCGGUUUGUGGAGGUCCUGAAGCCGGCCGAUACCCUGAUAUUCAUCAACUUAGAUAAACACAGCUCGAUCCCAAGAUCUCCCAUCAUUCAUCAAGAUCGCCAUACUAGUACACAAUGUGCUAUUCACACACAUCAAUCCAUCUUAUAACAUGUCCCUCUUCAUUGGGUCGGUCGAUACAUUCGAACACUCGAUGUAAACGCUGUCGUUGUCAGCAGCGACGUACAAAAGCCAAGUCCUCGUCAAAAUCUCCCGCAAGAAGAUCAAAACAUGAACAAUCACGUCUACAGUGCGGCGACCAAUCAUCCGAAUGCGUUGGCCAUCCACUCGGCAAUGUCACUGUAUUCCAAACAUCAGCCAUAGCCCCGACGUUAUCGAAUGAAACCGAAUCCCCUCAUGGUAGAUGUCACCUAGAUGCGCCAUGCUGUUUACAUAAAGAUCUGGAAUCAUCGCACAGCGUGUUGCGCACAGCCUCACAGCACGAGGCUAUGAGCAAGCCAGAAGGUCUGGGAGUCUCAAACACGAAGGCCAGGCGCAAAAGCCAUCAGUCAAGACAACAACAUCAUCGCCGGCAGGACAGGCGGCAUUGGCAAAGGACUUUCGCCCAACCCACAAACAUGUCAUGCACGUCCUGCCAGACUGAAGAGACACCGCGAUGGCGCGAGGGUCCAGCAGGACCUCGAACACUGUGCAAUUUCUGUGGCCUAAUAUAUGCGAAGCGACAACAGAAACACCACGCAGAACCAUCAAGUUAUUGCUUUAGCUCUGAAUAGUGCAUCAAUCCUCACAACUGUCUCCGGUUGAUGGUGAGAUCUUGGCAAAUACGUUAUUUGUUUACUUGCACGAUUGAAUGUUUAGACGUCUUGUUUGUAUAUCACGAGGGAGCAAAAGGAAAGAAAUGGAAAGGAGUUCCAGGUCUCUUUACACAUAUGCGUUAUCAAAAGGCAACAAUAACAAUAUAUUUAGA